AAAGCUUUAAUGAGAUCGGGUAGUUGGCUAACGCAUAGGUGUUUGUUAGAAUCACCGAGAAUCAUUCGCAGACGCCGUUGCAUCUUUUUCGGUAAUGAAGCAUGAAUUGUUUGACCAAACCUUAGUCGGACCGCAGCUUCUACCAAUCGCUUUCAAUGCCGAGAUCGCCAAUUGGGGAGACUCCGUGUCCGUGCCCUGCUCGAUCCUAAAGGGUGACAUGCCCAUGGAUAUAUCGUGGUCGUUCGAUGGCGUAUCGAUCGACACGUCAAAAGAUACGGGUAUCACGAUCACCAGAAUCAGCAAGCACUUGAGCACCCUCAGCAUCGACGGCGUCUCGGCGCGCCAUGCCGGAGAGUAUGCCUGCUCCGCGUCAAAUUUAGCUGGUUCCGUCAGUCGAUCGACAACUUUGAUCGUCAAUGGUACGACCCUAAUUCCCUCGGCACGGUUUCCGAUACAAUAGAUUUACAGUACAUAAUAACUAUCACGAACCUCAAAUUUUCCCGAACCCACUAUCCUCAAAGACCUCUUCCAAAAGAUUUCUUGUAAUAAAACAAGGUACAUAUUCCACCGCCAUACCAACCUUAUCUAGCAGUCCAUAUCGCACUUGACUGAAACGAACGUCAUAAUCGAUA